AGACCAAGAUUUGAAAUUCCUAGGAAAAGGAGUUAAGAAGGAGAAGCCAUGGAUGAAUUCUUCCAACUAUAUAAUUCCCCGGGGAGCAUUUCAUGGUUUGAAGAAGCCCUUUUGGUGGAUCAAAGUGCUUUUGUCAGAUACACAGACCAACCCUUUGAAGGUCUUGCAUCAACGAGUAGUGGAUCGAAUCAUCGGAUUAACGUAAACAGGAGGAUGAUAGAGUUCUUGAAGAGGAGUCGGGUGGCGCCUGUCCUAAUCGAGAUGGUAGAACCUGACGAAGAUAGAAUCCACAAGCAUAGGAUGGAUGAGAGGGUGAGAAGGGAGAAACACAAGCAAGGCUAUCUGGCCUUGCAUGAGUUAUUGCCACUUGGAACAAAGAGUGAUAAGAAGUCAAUACUUGAAAUGGCCGCCAAGGAGAUUGAAGAGCUGCAGAAGUACAAGAAAGAGUUGAAGAGGCAAAAUUGGGGAAUGGAGAUGGUCUUGGAUGCGAGGAAAAAUGAGACAGCAGUGGAAAAAGCUGAAAUUAAGCUGAAAGUAGCUUAUCCUGCUUCCGGGGUUGAUUCUAUGUUGGAGGUUCUUAGAUGUUUGAAAAACACUGGUUCAACAGCAACAGCCAUACAAUCAAGUUUUUUGGAGCAUGAAUUUGAUGCAGUACUAGAGAUUGAGACCAAGGUGUCUGUCUGUCUCUCGUUCUGGGACACACAGACAACACGGACACUACACAAACAUGGAACGCGACAAUUUUCUCUUUUAAUAGAUGCUCUCUUAGAAAAGCAUACAGAUAUUUCCUAUAACUACACUUCCAUCAUUGGUCUUCUGUUUUAAGCGAAAAUCUAUAACAUAUAACAUAAUAACCGUAGUUGCCUGUCAUUUUUCUAGCCCAUCUCAUGAUAUCAAGUUCUCAAACAUGUAAUUACAUAGACAAUGAGGUCUUGACUUAUAUAAAUCUUUGCAUUUCAGAUCAUAAUUUUUCAAUUUUAUAUAUUUUCUCUUUUUUGGGCAGAUAAGAGCACAAGAUGUUGAAAAGGCAGUGCAGAGGACUUUAUUUGAAGCGGAGAGGAAAUUUCGUUUCCAGCUCUAAGUAAAGAAGGGCAAUGGAAGCUGCUUGACAGUGUUUGAUAAGUGGACAAAAUGUGAUUGUGGCUAUGCUCAAAGACAACGUUGUUGCCAAAUGUUGACCACUAAUAUUAUAUUACAUAGUUUCUCUGCACAAA